ACAACUGAGGAUCCGUGGCGCAAUGGUAGCGCGUCUGACUCCAGAUCAGAAGGUUGCGUGUUCGAUUCACGUCGGGUUCAAUCCCGAACUCAGGAUCAUUGAUCAUCUUUUUCACAAAAAAUUUUUUGAAAAAAUUGUUAUAAAAUUCACCGUAUAAUAAGUAGUUUGUCCAAGAAAGGCCAAAAAAAUGGGAAAUCCAAAGCAGAAAUGGAAGCCAGAAGAAGAAGAAGCCCUAAGAGCAGGAAUCGCCAAACAUGGUCAUGGCAAAUGGAAACUCAUCAAAGAAGAUCCCCAAUUCUAUGAAUUUCUCUCUUCUCGCUCCAAUGUCGACCUCAAGGACAAAUGGAGAAAUAUUUAUAAGGAGAGAAUCAAGAUCACAAAGCCAAAAACCAUUCAAGAUGGGCCUGCAUCUUCUCUCAUCUCAAAGUCUGAUGUUACUCUCCCUGGGUCUGCUGUACAUCAAUUACCAGCUGAUCACUUCAAGGAUGGAUCUGCUAAUGGAAUUCCUGAUGCAAAAAAUGUCCCCAGGUACGAUGAAUUUAUAUUUGAAGCCCUUUCAACUGUCAGAGAACAACCCGGAUUAGAUAUUGUUUCUCUUGUAGCUUAUAUCGAGGAAAGGAUGGAGGUACCACAAAAUUUUAGAAAACAUUUGGGAGGAAGGUUGAGAAGACUUGUGCGACAAGGAAAACUUGAUAAGGUUGACGGCCUAUUCAGUCUAAAGAACAAUUAUGUGCAUACAAAUGCAAGCAAUAAAGACGGCUUGCCUAGACAGUCAUUCAGCACUGCCAACUUAAAUGUUGCUGAGAAGUUAGAAGAAGCAGCAAAAACUGCGGCCUACAAGGUUUUUGAAGCAGAAACAUUAUCAUAUGUAGCUGCUGAUUCCGUUGCAGAAGCAGAGAAAAUCAUGAAGCUGGCAGAAGAAACAGAUUCAAUCAUGCAGUUGGCUAAAGGGAUUCUUGAUGGAUGUACAAAUGGUGAAAUUAUUCUUGUUGCGUGAUACUCAUAAACUGGUUCUAGAACUGAUAUCAGCGUCAAGCGAUCCUUUUAUGAGGAAAUAAGCAACUGUACGGUGAUUAGUCUGUGUCUUCCUCCACCUACAAGAGGCUGAGCAGCUAAUAGUGGCACAACACUCAGUUAUCGUAGGAAUACAGGUAACAUUAUUUGGUUACUUUAGAAAUUGCAGCUAAUAUUUUAUGUCCUGGUUCCGUGUAAUACGAUGCGCAGAAUGUAUUUAUUUUUUCAUGAAACUUGAAAGCCUAGACCUUUUUUGCUUAGUUAGCCAAAAUACACUCUUUAGAAACUGCAGAUAUUGUUUUGAAAGCAGAAUUUAGAAGAGAGAACAUCUUACUUUUUUAAGCUUUAUUACAAAGUUAUCCAAAAGAUUACAAAGUAGAAUGUAUUUAUAUUGUUGUUUUUAAAGAAAAUGGCAUGUCCAUUUAGCAUUUGGGAUAACUAAAUACUCUUGACUUACUUAGUGGGCACUUCAUCUUAUGAUCUCAAGGUUAUGGGUUUGCUUCACCAUGAAAGGAAUCCAAAGUUUCUUUACUUAAUUAUAUCCAAAACAUAACUUGUAUCAUCAUCAUAAUACCCAAUAUCCCGCUUGAAAUCCAUCUGUAUUUCCUUCACAGAAAUGGAAUGAUUUGUUGAAUACCCAGGAAGUAUAAUUUACCUACUCUACCUAAGUCUUGGCAGUUACUUGGCUCUGAGAAUCAUAUUAACAAAUGUCAUAGAAUAUACCAUAUUACCAUUAGGACUCCGCCUGUUGAGCAACUCCAAAAAUACUUACCCUAGGAAAAUACAGGGCCAGUAUAACACUAAACAGUAUACAGAUAGAUAUUUUCGCAACAGAAAUGACAACUCAUUCUCUUCAUUAACAGAAAAACUAUAGCAAGACCAACUACAAUGCUAAAUAACAGCAAGCAAGUCGGGCGAGCGAUUACAAACAUAAAGCCUAAAGAUUUAAACAUUGCCUUAUUCAAGCCUGAUUCAGACAUAAUUCAAAACACAUUGAUACUUUGCUUGUCCUUCCAAUCUUUCUGACCCACCCAACGAAGAAAAAAACAUGAACACC